CAGCUCUGCUAUGGACUGUAUUUCGGGGAUGCGAAACUCUUCAUGUGCCUGAGCAAAUACGAGGAGACACUGCAGGCCCAUUUGCUGCCGUGGCGGUGUGGUCAUGGGCGUGUUGGGCGAGUAAACGACACAAGAUGCGUCUCUGCAAUCCGCCCGAUCCACAUCUGUGGCCGCCCGAUGCCAUUCAGACGUUGUUUGGCGAAUCAAACAAACGCCGUACCCGCCAACUCAACUUGGCCAUAAGUAGUUCUCUCACCGUACACUCUGGCUACAUCUCGUUGCAGGCCAGACAUUAUCUCAACGCCGCUGACCUCAACGCCGCUGACCUCAACGUCUCGACGUCCACCAUCUCCGGCGCCUCUCAUCCUCACGGAUCGCGACGGGGAUCAAGUCCUUCGUCUCAGCCAACCAAGAACAUGGCCGCAUCUGCUCUCGCGCCGACCGUGCUGGAGUCGAUCAGGCCCGAAAACUUCGACGAAGAGGGUCUGGAGACACUGCGUUUUCUGUUCUCAGAUACCCUCCUAUUUGCUGCCCUGGACCUCAUUGAUCGAGAAAGCGUCAUCAAAUACAAGACACCAUGGGGCGGCAUACAGUAUGAGGUACAUGGUUCGACGGCUAACUACAGCGUCUUCCCCGAGCUACCUGGACCUUCCCCCGACAAGAAGUCUUCGCUCUACUGCACAUGUCCCGCAUUCGCAUACUCUGUGCUCCUCUCCAGGACGCAAGUAAUGUGUAAACACCUCCUGGCUACCCUGCUUGCCGAGAGAUUGGCAAAGUGUAUAGAGCGAAGCAUCCAGCCUAACGACAUAGCGGCUCUGGCCAUACGCCAAUGUACAAGUUGAAGGACGCAAUGUUUGCAGCAUGCGGGCUGUACCCGCAUGACAUGGACCUCGACGGAACGGAUUAAGG